AUGCCCGUCAUUGUCCACCACCUCAACGACUCGCGCUCACAACGCAUCCUCUUCCUCCUCGAAGAGCUCUCCAUUCCCUACGAGAUUAAGCACUACCAACGCGGAUCAGAUCGACGAGCACCCAAAGCUCUCUACGACGUGCAUCCCCUAGGCAAGUCCCCCGUGAUCACCACCGAGUCCGGGAGAGUCAUUGCAGAGAGUGGGGCGAUUGUCGACUAUCUGAUCAACGAGUACGCGAAAGAUGGGUCCUUUCGUCCGACGAAUGGGGAGGCCAAGCUGGACGAUACGUUCUGGAGUCACUUUGCCGAGGGAAGUCUGAUGCCUGCGCUGGUUAUGAAGUUGAUCUUCUCCAUUAUCCCGCAACAAGCCCCCUUCCUCGUUCGCCCCCUCGCCUCCGCCAUCUGCUCUGGCGUCGUAUCAUCCUUCGUCGACCCGGAGGUGGGCAAGUUGCUCAAAUUCAUCAGCGGCGAGCUGGCCAAGAAGAAGACGACGACGUCGACGUCUUCUACCUCGGCGGGUGGUUCGCCCUGGUUCGCAGGCGGAGAUGCGCAAGGCAACCCAACUGCAGCGGACUUUAUGAUGUUGUUCCCCCUCGAAGCCCUCGUUGCCGGUGGGAGAGCGCCCAAGGGUAUGCAGAUCGACGAGGGGAUCAAGCGUUACGUCGAGGAGGCGCAUAAGAGGCCUGCGUAUCAGAGGGCGUUGGAGAAGGGUGGCAAGUACAGCUAUGCGUGA